AUGACCGAUUAUCUCAAGGAUACCAUUAACUCUUCCUCAUCUGAUGAAGAUAUUUCCGGGUUGAUGAAAGAAACUAAUACACAUGAACUAAUUCAACCGAAUCACUCAUGUGAAGAUGAAGAAGUUGCUUCACCUACUCCUGCAGCAACUAUUCAAUGUCCUCUUUGCUUGUACAGCUAUCCUGUUAAGGACAUCGAGGCUCAUGCAAGUAACUGCUCAAUGUGGUUGUUAAAUGAAAAUGAUGAAGAAAAUCCUGAAAUUGCAGUCGGCCAUAAUGAAUCAGACAAAGUAGAAAGCACAUUCUCAAUCGACAACAUGCCAAACCAAGCAGUGAAACAAAUUUUAAUUGAAGAAAUCAAGAAAGUGGUAGAAAAACACUUGGAGAAGGAUAGACGUAAAAGAGUUACUGUAAGGCGGAAAGUAAUUUGAGAUGAUUUUAAGAGUGAGUUACAAAACAACAAUAUCACACCCACAACACGGAUCAAAGUUAUUUUUGCAGGUGAACCUGCAGUGGAUGAUGGUGGUCCACGGCGUGAAUUAUUCUCAGGUAUUACAGACUCAAAUUUUAAAGCAUAAUAUCCACUCAUUUACAUUUUACACCAUGUUGGUGACAAAAAAAAUCAUAUUUAGUUUAAAGAGGCUGUCAAGUCUGUUCUACUCAUGCACGCGUGUUUUGUUUACAUUUUUGUUUUGAACAAUAGAUAAUUUAAUUAAAAUUCCGAUCUGUGGGCCCACAAUUUAGCUCAUUAUGAAUUCAUAAUAUAUCACAAGGGAAAAUGCCAAGAAAGCAUUUCUUACAGAGGUCUGGACAAAAUUUGACUGCAAUUCAUAGGGGUCGAAAGAUCGAUAAAUGGGGGGGGGGGAACAUAUUCAUAUAUUCGUGUUCUGCAUUAUUAAAUUUCCCGUUUGCAAUCUAAAAUGACUGAAAAACGGCGAACUUCGCAAGCUGUGAUGAAAUUUUUGUCCAGGCUAGUCUAGAUCAAAAUUUCACUUAAAAGGUCUAUUGUGGUGUUCUAUUCGUUGAACUUUUUUUACUUUUAGAUGCACAUUUCCGUUAUUAAAUUAGUAAAAGCACACACAUGGUAUGAACCGCAUGAUCACUAGAACAUGCUAGUAACUUUUUUGAAAAUAUUGUCCUAUAAGGAUUCAAAACUGUAAAAACAUUAAAAAUACAACAAGGCAGUGCGAAGAUAUGGCGAUUCAAAAUUCUAUUUUUACUGAAAAAUCAGCCAUUUUGUUACUAAAAAUAGAUUUUUUUCGAACUUUGAUUCGCCAUAUCUUCGCACUGCCUUGUUGUAUUUUUAAUGUUUUUACAGUUUUGAGAUCCUUAUAGGACAAUCUCUUCAAAAAAGUUACUAGCAUGUUCUUAGCUCGUGUUUAAUUUUUUGGCGCCAAAGUUGGCACGCCAAAAUGUAACAAAAUCGAAAAACAAAAACAUACGAUUUUUAGGAAUGUGAAGUUCUAUCCUGUGGGGGAAUUUCGUGAUAUUCCAAACUAACGACAGAGAGUUAUAUGUACGUGGCCAAAUUUGCUGUCUUUUUUGCCCACCGUGAGUAUAUACUAUAAUGAAGAACACAAUACAGCAGUGUAAUGUUUAAUUUUUUUAUCAAUCGCCGAUAUGUUUCCUCUUUUUUUUAUGCCUUUGGCUCAUUUUAUAGCAAUUUUUAUCGUAACUGUAACUCUAAAGCAUGUGACGCUCGAGCGAUUGCUGUUUUUUUUAAACAGCGGUUUCAAAUUAUUCUCCUUGAUAUUUUAUGCGAGAAACAUGAACAUGGUUAAUUACAAAAACAAGGCGCGUUUGUCGAUACUUCAAUUCAGCCAUAAGUAAAGUGAACAGCAGAUGACAACAAUUCGAAGUAUUCAAGAUAUAUUACAAAGCUUGUAAAUUGCUAUUUAAAGAAAAUAUUCCCUUAGGCCGUUCAUUGAAAUGUAGCCGCCCAAAUUCAGAAGUGGCCGUCCGUAGGACGGUCGGACGGCCGCCUGGUUAACACCCUGUUCAGUGCCAUACUGUAGAAAUAAAGUUUGUAUUCAGUGCUAUACUGUAGAAAUAAAAAGUAACAAUUAAAUGCUUUUAUAGUGUUCUGCAGUUUAAUGCAACAUAAAAACAUAUUAUUUUUCAGAACUGUUGUCAAUAAUAAGAAGACGGUUUUUUAUUGGAGGAAAGCCAAUUAAAUCAACAAUGGCUGUAAGUUCUGGCGACUUCAAGCAAUGUGGGAUAAUAGUGGGCAUGUCUAUAAUGCAAGGUGGCCCUGCUCCUAACUUUAUGGAUCAUGGGGUUUCUUGCUUUCUAACUGGCUGCAAAUUGUCAACAAGUUUGAUCGAAAAUCAAGGAUACAAGGAAAUAGUUGCAUCUGUACGUUAUUGAGAGUAUGUGGUAAUUUUUAUUGUGACGCGAUUAGAAUUAGCAGUAAGCAAUCUGAAAUUCCGCAUUGUUUAUCUGUUCUAUAUGGUUAAAAAUUAACCCAUUAAUUAAUGUACAUGCAUGACUUAGUUAAUUAAAUUAAACUCAUUAAAACAUAGUAGAAUACUAACUGUAAUUCACAAUCAUUAAUAAUUCAUGAGGAAAACACAAAGAAAAAUCAUAACCGUGUCGUAUCUUUAUAUGUGAUAGAGAUUUCCCUUGACUUACUUAUAUAAACUUUAACUUUGAUUUUCUCAAUUUGCACAACGUAUGUUUUGGAAAUUACUUUGCCGAUGAACUUACUAGACCGAUCGUUUUUGAAGCAAUUUAAAACAUUUAAAACAUGUUCGGCUUUGCCCAGCAUCUUUAUAUCUGAUAAAACACUGCUGCUUAUGUUUUAAAUAGUACUUAGAAGGGUAAGCAUGGCGGGGGAGCAUUGCAUGUCGAAGUGUUAAAUUUUUAGUAUCAAUUUUUCCAAGUUUGUGAAAAAUAUAUUCUUCAGACUAUCAAUCAUGAUUUACGACGUUAUCAAUAACCAUGCUUAUUUGAAAAAAAAGUGGAACUGACAUAGGUUUUUUUCAUUUUACUUAUCAAAGGAAAGGUCUUGGAUGUUAACAGGUUAUUUCAGAAACAUCCUCAGAGAUAUUGUACAUAGUGUUAACCUGACCUCUCAUAAAAUAUGGCACACUUUUAAAAAGUUCCUAUGGAACUUUUAAUUUAUGCAUGAAUUUGCUUAUUUCUAUUUGUAGUUGUCAGCUGCAUCUACAGAUAAAGAAGUCCGAGAUAUCGUCAUGAAGGAUGCAACCAUUGAUAUCUUACAAGACCUUGGAUACACUGGGGUUCCACAUAGGGAAACAUUAGCCAGCGUCGGGCGAAUUGUGCAGUAUGUGUCAUAUAUGUCUUUCAAUUUUCAAAUACUAUUAUAAUGUUCAUAUUCUAGGAGAAAAUUGCAGUGUUUGUAUGUCUUUGUUAAGCUUAACCUGUAGGUUUUUAACUAGUUUUUUUUUCAAUUAAUAAGAGUAUUUAUAGUUCACACCACUAACAAAAGAAUGUUUUAGAUCAAUAUGCCUUAAAGACCAAGUUGGCGAUCACCUGUCACAGCUUCUAGAAAUAAAAGCUGGCUUAGAUGCAUGUGGUAUUUACAGCGAUGUUCUUGGCAAAACACCAGAGAUUUGGCAACUCCUUUUUAGCUCAGGUGGUUUUUUUAAACUAUCCGCUGAUGAAUUUCUGGAUGAGCUUACCGAUGUCUAUAGUGAUUCUCAAUUAAGGAAGAAUGCCGAGAUUGAUGCAAACAAAUGUUUUUGUGAUGCAAUCCUCUCUAUUGAUGCUGGUGGUAAGUUGCAUCCUAUAGCAGUUGACUAA